AACAGGAAGCACAAAUGUGCAGCCGCACGCUGUAAACCAUAGGUUUCCUUUACCGGCGCCUUGUUCUCAUUCUAGACGACUUGCUGUCCAGAGAUAAUACUGCGUUCAAUGAGUAGAUACGACAGCCGCGCGGCCGACGCCGGAAGCUAUCGCGACCGCCGAAGUGACACUGGAUUCGGCGGCGGAUCGACGUAUAGGCCGUCCUCAGGAACUAGGAAGGACUAUGAUGGUACCGAGUCACCGCGGAAAUUGGAUUUAGAAGGGCUUAUCCCAUUCGAGAAGAAUUUUUAUGUGGAGUCAAGGUCCGUGGCAGCAAUGACGGAGAUGGAUGUAGAUGAGUAUAGACUGCGACGGGAGAUUACAGUUGAAGGCCCUGAUGUGCCUAAACCCGUGAAGAGCUUCAGUGAUGUGGGGUUCCCCGAAUAUGUUAUGAAUGAAAUUGAGAAAGCUGGCUUUACUGAACCUACCCCUAUUCAAGCUCAAGGGUGGCCUAUGGCUUUGAAGGGCCGUGAUCUCAUUGGUAUUGCAGAAACUGGGUCAGGAAAGACACUUGCAUAUCUUCUUCCAGCAAUUGUGCAUGUUAAUGCUCAGCCAUUUCUAGCACCUGGAGAUGGUCCUAUUGUGCUAGUCUUAGCUCCAACUCGUGAACUUGCUGUGCAAAUCCAAGAAGAAGCUACUAAGUUUGGUGCUUCGUCAAAGAUUAAGAACACUUGCAUAUAUGGAGGGGUUCCAAAGGGGCCUCAAGUCCGCGAUCUUCAGAAAGGUGUUGAAAUUGUUAUUGCUACACCUGGAAGAUUGAUUGACAUGUUAGAGUCUAAUCACACAAACUUGCGUCGGGUUACAUAUCUUGUGUUGGAUGAGGCUGAUCGUAUGCUGGACAUGGGCUUUGAACCUCAGAUUAAAAAAAUUGUUUCACAGAUACGUCCAGAUCGUCAAACUUUGUACUGGAGUGCUACAUGGCCCAAGGAAGUUGAACAACUUGCAAGGAAAUCACUCUACAAUCCAUAUAAAGUAAUUAUUGGUUCAGAAGAUUUGAAAGCUAAUCAUGCAAUUCGCCAGCAUGUGGAAGUUGUCUCAGAAAGCCAAAAAUAUAACAAAUUAGUAAAGUUAUUGGAGGACAUUAUGGAUGGUAGCCGGAUUCUGAUAUUUAUGGACACAAAAAAGGGGUGUGAUCAAACAACUCGGCAACUGAGAAUGGAUGGUUGGCCUGCGCUUUCUAUUCACGGAGAUAAGAGCCAAGCGGAAAGAGAUUGGGUCCUCUCAGAAUUUAAAGCUGGCAAGAGUCCAAUAAUGACAGCUACUGAUGUUGCUGCUCGAGGGUUAGACGUGAAAGAUGUUAAAUAUGUUAUCAACUACGAUUUUCCGGGAUCCCUUGAGGAUUACGUUCAUCGGAUUGGUCGAACAGGAAGAGCAGGUGCCAAAGGAACAGCUUACACAUUCUUCACAGCUGCAAAUGCCAGAUUUGCAAAGGAGCUUAUUAGCAUUCUUCAAGAGGCCGGGCAGAAGGUCAGCCCUGAACUGGCUUCCAUGGGACGUGGUGCUCCUCCUCCUCCUCCAGGAGGUCUUGGGGGUUUCCGAGAUCGUGGCCGAGGCUAUGGUAGCGGACGAAGAUGGAACUAAAGUUAAGGUGUUCAGUUUCUUGUAAAACCAUCGCUGUGUUGUUGGCACUUGGCACAUCCAUCUGGGAGAUAGUAAUUGGUUAUUUGUGCGUCACGUACAACUAAUUUCAUUUAGAGUGAGAUUAUGAUGGAAACCAAUUCGGGAUGUAAUGAGGGCUGAAGAUUACUUGAUGUGCAGAAGAGUGCAAUGACACUUGAAUCUACGAUUGUAAACUAACGAACUUUGUAUUAAGAUGUGGGGAAUCUUCCUUCGCUUCCAACAACGAUUCAUUUUCAUUUCCCAAAUUACUAGGGACAGACAGGUGAAUUAGCAUUUAUAUAUGGAUAACUUUGUUUUCAAUCUUUUUGUAGGAUUCUACUGGGUUUGUUGAUGUUAUUUGGAUUCUGCUUUCAUUAAAGUUCUGCCUUCAAUGUGUAUAUUUCUUCUGUUUUUCUUUGUACUAAUACUUUGUGAUUCUUAGAACACCAUUGUCACUUUAUCAUUCUA